AAAUGUGGACCAAAUUCGAUUGAAGCAAGAUACAUCUCUAGGUUCUUUAGUUGAUCGAUGGAAAGUUAAAAUGUGAACAAGGUGGUGAGAUUGUGAAAACAGUGAAUAGUUAACGGCAAGGAUUGGUGUGUCUUUACAAGAUGGUGCUGGAAAGUACAAUGAUAUGUGUUGAUAAUAGCGAUUAUAUGAGAAAUGGAGAUUUUUUGCCAACUCGUCUACAAGCUCAACAAGAUGCAGUCAAUUUAGUAUGUCAUUCAAAAACUCGCUCGAAUCCAGAGAAUAAUGUCGGUCUUAUAACACUUGCUAAUGUUGAAGUUUUAGCAACCCUUACAAGCGAUGUUGGUAGAAUACUUUCAAAGCUUCAUCAAGUUCAACCAAAUGGAAAUUUAUGUUUAAUCACGGGAAUUAGAAUUGCACAUUUAGCAUUAAAGCAUCGACAGGGUAAGAAUCACAAAAUGAGAAUUGUAGCAUUUGUUGGAAGCCCGGUACAAAUAGACGAAAAAGAAUUGGUGAAAUUAGCAAAACGACUCAAGAAAGAAAAGGUCAAUGUAGAUAUAAUAAGUUUUGGCGAAGAAAGCAUUAAUAAUGAUGUAUUAACGGCAUUUAUCAAUGCACUGAAUGGUAAAGAUGGAACUGGUAGCCACCUCGUCACUGUUCCACCUGGUCCCCAUUUGUCGGAUGCUUUGAUCUCUUCUCCUAUAAUUCAAGGGGAAGAUGGUAUGGGUGGGGCAGGAAUGAGUGGAGCGGCGUUUGAAUUUGGUGUUGAUCCUAACGAAGAUCCUGAGCUCGCAUUGGCUUUACGUGUUUCAAUGGAGGAACAACGUCAACGACAAGAAGACGAAGCACGUCGAGCGCAAGUAAACGAAGAUGUUCAAAACAAACAACCGGAAACUAUUAAGGAAGUAACUAACGAGGAAGCGAUGUUAAAACGAGCAUUGGCGAUGUCUCUUGAAGGAGCUGAAGAAACAACAUCGUCUACUACUGAGAAUACUGCUCCUACUAGCGCGAAUAUACCUGACUUUGCUAAUAUGUCGGAAGAAGAACAAAUCGCUUUUGCAAUGCAGAUGUCAAUGCAAGAUCAACAAGACCUUGAAACACAGAAAGAAGAAGCAAUGGAAGUAGAAGAAGAUUAUAGUGCUGUUAUGUCCGAUGCUGCAUUUUUACAAUCGGUUUUAGAAAAUUUACCUGGCGUUGAUCCACAGUCCGAAACUGUUCUACAAGCUGUUGGUUCCUUACAACAAAAUAAGGACAAGGAUAAGGACAAAGAUAAAGAUAAAGAUAAAGAUAAAGAUAAAGAUAAAACUAAAGAAAAAGAUAAAGACAAGAAGUAAGAGAACUUUUUAGGAGUAUUUGUACUAGAUAUUAUUUCUACUUUCCAUCUGGGUGUUACAAUUGUAUGCUUCUUCACAUUUAUGCAAAUUACUUUUAUCAUAAAUGCGUGUAUAUAACCAUGAAAACGAAUACUAACGUAUCGAUUGUAUAACUAAAAUGAUAUGAUUAUAAUAAGACAAAAAACAAAAAAAAAUAAUGGUACAUACGUAUGUAUUUAAUGUUACUUAAAGUAAAUCUCAUGAGUUAUCAACGCAACAUAA